AUGUUAUCGACUUACCUCGUUGUGUUCGUUCUUCUCUUCAGUGGUUUCACGGCAACCAAAGAGGCAGAUUCUCUGAUUCAAAGAAAUUGCAAGCGUAUAUCAAUCAUUCCAAGCGUGGUGGAUUCAGAAGAUGUCCUUAAGCUUUGCAUCACAUCUCUUAAAGAGAAUCCAGAGACCAAGAAAGUGAGAAAUAAGACUGAAUUGGCCGUGGUAGGUACGAAUAACGCGAUAUCGAACAUAACAAACAUGAAAAGAAUUGUGGAGAAGUUUAUAAAAGAGAAGAGAUAUAAAAGUAGGCUUAUUAAAAAGAAGUUGGAAGUUUGUCUUAACCAUUACCAAGAUGGCUAUGAGUGGCUAACCUCAGGUUUGAAUUACCUCAAAGAGAAGGAUCUUGAUUUGUCUUCAGAUGAUUUGGGGAUGGCAAGUAAGGAAGUAAACGAUUGUAGAGAGAGAUUCAAAAAAGGCGAAAUAAAUCCCUUUGUAAAAGAGAAUGACGUCCUCUACGUAAUGACCCAUAUUCCUUACAUGAUUAUUUCUAUGGAUGAUUGUGAGACGAGCAAAGGCGGUUGCACGUAG